AUGAAACUAUUACCCACCUUCUCGGAGGACCGUAGCGCUCAGACGACAUCCUUCAAGGACAUUGCGCAAGAUACAAUCGGAGAGGCAUACAUCGAGGAGGACCCGUCGGUAGCAGAAUGGUUGCGCGAAUGCGUCCCGACUUCACAUGAUGCCGCAGAAUACGUACGCGAGUUGUUUCCGAGCGUACGGUGGCUGAGACGCUAUAAUCUACACUGGCUGGCUGGAGACGCUAUCGCAGGUAUCACGGUCGGUCUUGUUGUGGUACCGCAAGCCAUGGCUUAUGCGUCGCUCGCGCGCCUGUCACCUGCUUUCGGCCUAUACACGACCUUCACAGGCGCGUGUCUAUACUGGAUCUUCGGGACGUCUAGAGACAUCGUCAUAGGUACGACAGCAGUCGGGUCACUACUGAUCGGAAGCGCAGUCAGCAAUAUCGAAGCCGAACACCCUGGUGUGUAUCAGCCCCAGGAAAUAGCGCAUGCGAUAAGCUUCCUUGCUGGAAGCAUUAUUCUAGUCUUCGGUAUCCUUCGUCUCGGCUUCAUCAUUGAGUUUAUUCCAUAUAUCCCCAUCUCCGCCUUCGUCACAUCCGCCAGUAUCACUAUCAUCUCGACACAACUGCCGACCUUGAUGGGGGUGAGAGGGAUCAACACACGUGAGUCCCCGUACAAGGUGUACGUCAACUUCCUAAAGGGCUUACCCAGGGCAAGGCUUGACGCGGCUAUUGGUAUCACAUCCAUUGUGCUUCUUUACCUAAUCAAGAACUUGUGCGCUAAGAUGGAGGUCCGCCAACCACGAAAGAAGAAGAUGUGGUCCUUGAUCUCAUCACUGCGCCUCACGUUCACUAUCCUGCUCUACACUCUCAUCAGCUGGCUUGUACAUCGAACGACCCCUGCAGGCCAAGAGAAGUUUCGAAUUGUCGGCCACAUCGAGAAGGGAUUCAGUCACGCGGGCGUACCCUCGAUGAAUGGCAAACUCUUUGGUUUGGUAGCAUCAGAGCUCCCGGCAAUGAUCAUUAUCCUCAUCGUCGAACAUAUCGCCAUCGCUAAGAAUUUUGGGCGAAGGCAUAAUUACACCGUCAUUGCUUCACAGGAGAUGAUUGCACAAGGUGCCGCCAACAUACUAAGUCCUUUCGUCGGUGGCUACGUAUGCACAGGCUCUUUUGGUGCUUCUGCCGUUCUCUCCAAGGCUGCGGUACGUACCCCACUAUCUGGCGUCUUCAGCGCAGUGGUCCUAGUGCUGGCGCUCUAUGCGCUUACCGCUGUCUUCUACUACAUACCAAAUGCUGCGCUUGCUGGUCUGAUCAUACACUCCACCGUCGACUUGAUCAAGGGACCCAAGGACUUGCACAAAUACUACCAACUGUCACCGUUCGAGCUCUUCAUUUGGGUUUGUGGCGUUGUCAUUGCAUUCUUCACCGACCUUGAGACUGCAAUCUACAUCACUGUGGGACUGUCUUUCGCAAUGCUUCUCGUCCGAAUGGCAAAGAGUCCGGGCAAGUUUCGAGGUACCGUGGAGGUGACGCGCAUAGUUCGCGACGAUCGCUUCUGCAAUAAAUCUAUGUCGACAACAGGCACAUCGCUGCCUCCACAGACAUAUGGAGAAAACACGUAUGACACCAGUACUGCAAAAGAUUCCCGACAGGUCUACAUACCUUACGACGCCACUGACAACCAUAACCCGGACAUCAAUGUGGAACCGGCAUAUCCUGGCGUCUUCAUCUACCGUUUCAGCGAGAACUUCAACUACAUCAAUCAGGCCUACCACGUUGACUAUCUUACCUCUUACAUCACCUCGCAUACGCGCCGAACCCAAGCCGAUGACGGUAUCCGGGCUUGCGAUCGCUUGUGGUGCGACGCGCCGCCUAGCGAGAAGCUUAUUGAAGAGUCUUCCUCUCUUCCAGUUCUGAGGGCUAUUGUUCUUGAUUUCUCCACUGUCAACAUUCUAGACAUCACGAGCAUUGACGGAUUGAAAGGUUUGCGCGAGACGCUCGACCGGCAUGCUGCGCCCGGGCUGGUUGAGUGGCACUUUGCUGGUGUGCACAACCGGUGGACACGCAAGGCGCUCACCUUUGCAGGAUUUGGAUUCCCUGCAACGAUCAACGCCGACCAUAUGGGAGUAUGGUGUCCAGCCUAUACCGUCACGACCAGUCUUUUAGGUACAACGGGUAAUGAGCGUAACGAAAUGGAGGCUGCACGGCGGCAUGUGCAGAAUAGAGACGAAGAACAGGGCAAGGAGUUGGCGGAAACGCAUGCUCUUGAGGUACAGUCGACUUCUGCGACCGAGAAGAGAAGAUUUUAUCCAAUCCAUGGAGUCGAUAGGCCCUUCUUCCACCUCGAUCUUCACGACGCCGUUGACGCUGCGGUUCGUGAUGCGAAGAAGGCUGACCAGCUUGAGGCGCGCACGAGCUGUUCGUCAACUACAUGGUCACAAUCACAUGACCAAGGGGGUGAGGCGUAG